GCGCCCCGCCCCGCCCCCGCCGCUGCCCCGCAUGGAGCCCCCGCGCCCGCCCGGCACCGCCCGGCGCCGGUACCGCCCGCCGCCCGCCCGCGGCCAGGCUCCUCUCCCGCUGCCGGCGGCCCCCGAGGGCUGGCUGCCACGUCUGAGCGAGCUGCUGCCGCGCCGGGAGCCUGCGGGCCGCGAGGCAAUGCUGCGGGUGCUGGACGGGGGGCUGGAGCGAUGCCUGGCGCUGCAUUCUGCCUACAUCCCCGUGCCCCGGCACAGGAAGCUCUCGGGCAAGGCGGGCAUCGAUGAAGUGAUGGCAGCCACGGUGCUCACCAGCCUCUCCACCAGCCCGCUGGUGCUCGGACACCCACCAGCCACCGCCACCCCAGAGCUCACCGGUGAGGUCUGGAAGGAGGUGCCCACCAUGUCCUCCAGCUGCAGCAGUAGCAGCAACACCAGUGGGGACUGGAGCUGGGACCCCUCCAGCGACCGCUCCACUCCCUCCACCCCAUCGCCCCCGCUCUCCAGCCACGUCCCCAGCACUUUCCUGCCUGCCCCACUGCCGGAUGAGGGCCCCGACGAGCCCGACGGCACGCACUUUGUCUUUGGAGAGCCCAUCCCACGGAAGAGGAAGAACUCCACCAAGGUGAUGUUCAAGUGCUUGUGGAAGAGCUGUGGCAAAGUCCUCAGUAGCUCCUCAGGGAUGCAGAAACACAUCCGAACCGUGCACCUUGGUCGGAAAGCCGACCUCGAGCAGAGUGACGGCGAGGAGGACUUCUACUACACGGAGCUGGACGUGGAUGUGGACUCGCUGACGGAUGGGCUCUCCAGCCUGACGCCCGUCUCGCCCACCUCCUCGGUGCCUCCCGCCUUCCCUGGCCCUGAGGUGCAGGGUCUGGCGUUACCGCUCCCUGACCUGGCGCCGGGCUCCCCCCGCAGCCCCUCGGCCACCCUCGGCCUCUGCCAUGUCCACACCGACCACGCGUACCAGGGCUGUCCGGCUCCUCUGCGGCCACCGGUGUCCCCCGUUGCACCUGUCCCACCGCUGCCCAAGCCACCCACCAUCCCAAGGAAGCCACGGGGGGAGGCCAAGAAGUGCCGCAAGGUGUACGGCAUGGAGAACCGGGAGAUGUGGUGCACGGCGUGCCGCUGGAAGAAGGCCUGCCAGCGCUUCCUCGACUGACGCCGAUGCUGCCGGUGCCGCCGCACGCGGCGUUUCCCCCCCUUCUUGCACAUUUUGCACUCGAGGUGCCUUCGCGCCCCCUGCGCUGCCCCGGGGCCCCCCCAGACUCAGGGAAAGGCCC